GGCAGGGCUGCUGCUGCUGGGGGACCAGGGAGGAUGGGCACAUGUGAGCACAAAGAGGGCGUCAGGAGGAGCGACAGGGACAGAGGGUGGGCUGCGCACCAGCCCUGGACACCAAACAUUUCGGAGGAGCCUCCAGAGUCCCCAGUACUUGCACCCUGGCUGCUGGCACGGUCUGUCCACAGCUCCUCCCAGGGGAACCCAGGGCCCAACCCUCUCUCACCCCAGUCGCCCCCACCCCCAAAUGGGCCUGCUUCUCUGGUCCCUGCAGCCUCUCCCCAGGGCAGUGCCCAGAGGGUCUCAGCUAAACCGCUCCACAGCUCUCCUGUGGGAGGGCUGGACUCUGGCCCCACCUUGGGUCAUGGGGGGGGGGGACUUGCCCACCAGGAGGUCCUGUCACAGAGGCCUCCUCAAGGCUGGCCCAGAGUAGCACCCGCCCACCCCCUCAUCGCCCUGACUUGCUCUCCACAGUGCCUGUUCUCUGAGUGGCGGCCGGUCCUGUUCCCGACCAGAGUGUUCGGAGCUGGAAGGAAACUUGGAAACAUCUCUUCUGGCGAAGCCUGCUCUCAGGUUCGGUUUGAGAGCCGACUCUGAAUGGCCCUGAGCACCGUCUCUGCCAAGAGCGUCAUCAUUGUGUCCGAGACUGAGCCAGAGGCCGCUGCCGUGCUUGGGUCUCAGCACCUCCCACCUGAGAAGCAAAAAGCCCAAAAACUGAACCCCUGUCCCCAACCCAGCUGGUUGGGAGUUGUGUGGACAGCGGGGGGUCAGCAGGAAGGUGGGACAGGCUCAGAGAGUCUCAAGACAUUUGCCAGCAGAAUGUGGCUUCUUCAGCACUGUGGGUAUUUAAGAAAACUAGCCGCUGGGGUGCCUGGGUGGCACGGCAGUUAAGCGUCUGCCUUCGGCUCAGGGCGUGAUCCUGGCGUUCUGGGAUCGAGCCCCACAUCAGGA